CUACCUGACAGUAGCAGCAGCAGCAGCAUCAGCACCUCGGGUCUGUGGCAACGUACACUCACUACUCGCCGGUGACACUGCUUCGAUCAACAACAAGCGCCUCCAACACGCAACAAUGGCUGGCGGUGGUGUGCCGACGGGAGCCCCAACGAUUGCUGGUGGCCCCCUCUCUGGUAAACAGCUCAUCUAUCCAUUGUCUCUGGUCAUCUCCCUGUUCUUCCUGUGGGGUUUCUCGUAUGGUCUUCUCGAUGUCCUCAACAAGCAUUUCCAGACCGUCUUGAACAUCACUCGGCUCGAGUCCACUGGUCUGCAAGUCAUGUACUUUGGUGGUGGUUACCUCUGCUUCUCACCCAUUGCCGCCGAGGUCAUGAAGCGCAAAGGCUACAAAACCACUAUCCUCAUGGGCUUGGGCCUGUACAGCUUGGGCGCCAUCAUGUUCUGGCCUACUGCCCACUAUGCCUCGCCUGACAACACUAUUGCUGCCUUUGGAGGCUUCUUGGCCUGCACUUUGGUCAUCGCCUGCGGUCUUGCCACUCUGGAGACUGCUGCCAACUCGUACGCAGUGGUUAUUGGUCACCCAGCCUCCGCAUCUGCUCGUCUUCAAUUCUGUCAAUCUUGGAACGGCAUCGCGUCAUUCAUUGGUCCCCUCAUCGCAUCCAAGGCUUUCUUCUCCGGAGACAAUAUCAACUCUCUCACCAACGUGCAGUUCGUCUACCUCGCAGUCUCGUGCGCUGGUGUUGCCGUUGCGGUGCUCUUCUUCUUCAGCAAGCUCCCCGAAGUUCCCGAGGCUGCUCUCCGCUCUGCCAGCAUCGUUGCCACUGACUCGGAACUGGGAUUCAACGAUGGCCUCGUCGCCCAGAAACCACUGUACAAGGAAUACAACAUGAUGUUCGGCUUUGUGGCUCAAUUCUGCUAUGUCGGUGCGCAGGUCACUUGCGCGACCUUUUUCAUCAACUACGCCAACGAGAACGGAGGAUAUUCCACUUCGGCUGCCUCUCGCAUGUUGUCUUAUGCACUCAUUACCUUCACCGUCGGCCGAUUCAUCGCCACUGGUUUGGCUGUCAUUUUCGAGUCCAAUUUCUUGCUGGUCAUUUACUCGUGCUGUGCUAUCGCUCUCAGCGCAUACGUCUCUGCUGGACGUGGAUCUGCAGCGGUGGGCGCUUUGAUUGCCAUCUUCUUCUUCAUGGCUCCAUGUUAUCCGGCCAUCUUCACUCUCGGAACAGCCAAUCUAGGAAAGAACACACGCCGUGGAGCAGGUAUCUUGGUAAUGGGCGUGAGUGGCGGAGCAGUGUUCCCCCCAAUCCAAGGCGCCAUCGCCGAUUCUGCCUCCACUCGCAUCUCCUACGUAGUACCCCUCGUGGGCUUCGUCGUCGUACUCGGAUACUGCGCCAGCCACUGGGUCCGACACGGCAUGCACAUUUUGCGCCUCAAAGGUGAACCCGUCGUGGCCACUUCGAUGGAAGGAGGUGCUGUCGGUGGAGCCGUUCAAACGGUCCACUAUGACGAGAAGAGAUUGUCGGUGGUGGAAGUCGAAACUGCUGCUAGACGGUCGUCGAUUGGAAAUGUUGAUGGAACUACGGGUGGGAUUCGUCAUUGAUUUUGUGUUUUGUUUUUUGUUUUUUUGAGAGAGUGGUUUUUUUUUGGCGCUGCAUAGCGUAGUAUGGGGAGUAAGAGAUUCGAUGCAUUUACAUGGAAUGGCAUGGCAUGGCAUGGCAUGGCAUGAUGAAGAAGAUGAUGAUGAUACGAUCCUAGCAUAACUACCUGCACUGCAUAUGAGAGAAGAGAUACCACACUGUUUAUUCGAUCUAUA